AUGUCAAAAUUAAUUUCGGGCGUGUUCACAGAUCCGAUUGCAGGCAGACGACCGUUGUUCCCACGGGGAGCCAGCUGGCCGGAGGCCAGCCCCGGCCACGUUGCAGUGCUUGAGCUGACGAGCUGCCCUUCUCAGCAGGUCCCAGCAAAUGCCUCCGACCGCCACGCUGGCAGGGUCGCGGCUUGCAGUUCCGAGGCAGCUUCUGCCUGCCCGGUUCAGAGCAUCAGCCAGGAGAGCUCACGCCUGUGUGUCAUUCCCUGGGCAGAAAGACUUUACCUGACCACAGUCUCCCGCUUCCUGGAGACUCAAAAAAGGAAGGCAUUUAAUAAUCUUCUGUACUUAUCUACACCCUAUUUUUGGCCAUCAAAUUGUUGGGAGCCGGAAAACACAGACUAUGCUGUUUACCUCUGCAAGCGGACAAUGCAAAACAAAGCAAGGCUCGAACUAGCAGAUUAUGAAGCUGAGAGUUUGGCCAGGCUACAGCGAGCAUUUGCUCGGAAGUGGGAGUUUAUUUUUAUGCAAGCUGAAGCACAAGCAAAAGUCGACAAGAAGAGAGACAAGAUAGAGAGGAAGAUUCUUGACAGCCAGGAGCGAGCGUUCUGGGAUGUGCACCGGCCGGUGCCUGGAUGUGUAAACACGACUGAAGUCGAUAUUAAAAAAUCUUCAAGAAUGAGAAAUCCACAUAAAACAAGAAAGUCUGUCUAUGGCUUGCAAAAUGACAUUCGAAGUCACAGCCCUACUCACACACCAGUACCAGAGACUAAGCCACCCACAGAAGAUGAACUACACCAAGAGAUUAAGCACUGGCAAAUGCAGUUAGACAGACAUAGAUUAAAAAUGUCAAAGGUUGCAGAGAGCCUAUUAGCUUAUACAGAGCAGUAUUUGGAAUAUGAUCCUUUUCUUGUGCCCCCUGAUCCCUCUAACCCUUGGAUAUCAGAUGACACCACUUUCUGGGAACUGGAGGCAAGCAAAGAGCCAGGACAGCAGAGGGUGAAACGAUGGGGGUUUGGCAUGGAUGAAGCUUUGAAAGACCCUGUGGGAAGAGAGCAGUUUCUCAAAUUCCUGGAGUCAGAAUUCAGUUCAGAAAAUUUAAGGUUCUGGUUAGCAGUAGAAGACCUGAAGAAGAGGCCUAUCCGUGAAGUUCCUGCUCGCGUCCAAGAAAUCUGGCAAGAAUUUCUUGCUCCAGGUGCACCCAGCGCUAUCAAUCUAGAUUCAAAAAGUUACGACAAAACCACUCAGAAUGUAAAGGACCCUGGAAGAUACACAUUUGAAGACGCUCAGGAGCACAUUUACAAACUGAUGAAAAGUGAUUCUUAUCCUCGUUUUAUACGAUCCAGUGCCUACCAGGAGCUGCUACAGGCCAAGAAAAAGUUGGAAAACACACUGGAUCGUCGAACAUCUUUUGAGAAAUUCACACGCAAUGUGGGCAGAAACAUCCCUAUUUUCCCAUGCCAUAAAAACUGUACACCAACACUGAGGGCGAGCACUAACCUGUUAUGA